GGUCGAUGAGUCUGAGUCUCCUCUGUUCGUUCGCGCGCAGGCGCUCUGCCAUUGGGCGUGGAUGUUUAUGUCCGCUUAGCCCCACGCUGAACGACGCCCUGACCUUCACGAGCACAGAACUCGCCCCGGAGCCUCGCGUAGCGGAGUAUCUUGAAACAUACGGUGGCGCUAUGUUCUGUGUUUGUCGAAACAAUAGUUCUCGGUGUUGAGUGCGACGCUCAGGUGCAGUAAACAUGGACAGUACGGGCAAAGGGUAUAUAGCACCAGGCGUUGCAUUCGAGUCUCCCUUCUCAUCAUCAUCCAGCUUCAUCACUACACAGUUCUUUACUUCCAACAGUCUUUCGUUCAAUAGUCACUCACUUUUCACACUCGCUCAGUCAAAUACCAUCUUAAUCAUCACAAUGGCCGUCGUUUCUAAGCCCGCUGGCGCUCUUAGCAGCCUCGUCUUCCUUCUUCAGCUUCUCACCCUCGCUUCGGCCGAGGGUUACGGAUACGGCGGUGCCGCUUCCUCUUCAGUAGCUGUCUCUACUACCGCAGCUGGCUACAAUGCUGCACCUGUUCCCUCCUCGUCUGCCGCUCCUUACGUCCCGAGCAGCAGUGUAGUCGUCUCUGUCCCGACCGGUGGAUACGGGAGCGGUCCUUCGUCAUCUGCAGCAGCUUCUGCUCCUGUGCCUACUCCAUCCGCUGGUGGCUCGUACGGCGGUGGUGCUGGCGGUCACCAGGGCGGCCAGGGCGGCAGCUACGGCGGUCACCAAGGCGGUCAGGGCGGCAGCUAUGGUGGGCAUUCUGGCAAGCCUAAGCCUUCCGGUCACGGGCCCAAGCCGAAGCCCUGGGGUAACAAGCCCAAGCCUUCUGGCAACAAAGGCCACGGCAGCUACGGAGGCAACAAAGGCCACGGAGGCUAUGGAGGCAACAAAGGUCACGGAAGCUAUGGCGGUCAGCAAGGAUCGGGCAACAACCACGGUGGAUCUUAUGGAGGAGGAAACUCUGGUCACGGGAGCGGAAGUGGAAGCGGGAGCGGUUAUGGUGGAGGAAACUCUUAUGGUGGAGGAAACUCUUAUGGCGGAGGAAACUCCCACAAUGGUGGUUCGUACGGCGGCGGAAACUCCAACGGCGGAGGACACUACGGCGGCGGAAACUCCAAUGGUGGAGGAAACUCCAAUGGUGGAGGAAACUACGGCGGCGGAAACUCCAACGGUGGAGGACACUACGGCGGCGGAAAUUCCAACGGUGGAGGACACUACGGCGGCGGAAACUCCAACGGUGGAGGAAACUACGGCGGCGGAAAGCCCUCUACUACCGCUGCUGCUUCUCAGCCUACUCCUCCCACUGGUGGCAGUGGCAAUGGUUACGGCCAACCUCCUGCUGCUCCUUCAAGCAGCGCUGCUGGGAACGGAUAUGGUUCUGGCCCUUCAGUCCCUCCUACCACUCUCCAGACCAUCGCUUCGAGCGCCCCGGUCAGCUCUGCACCAGCCACCACUGCUGCUGCGGGCAAUGGCUACGGCAGUGGCUCCGGCUCCGGCUCCGGCUCCGGCUACGGAACUGGCAACAGCUACUAGGCGGCCACUCAGUUCUUUUGUAAUGUCGCUAGGAUCGCAUAGCGUUGGUAGAUCUUCUUUCUUCAAACUUCAUAGAUUUCGGGUUGGUAUUUCAUAGGUACGAUCAACUAAACUGGGCUAGCAUAAUGGGUUGGAGCUGGAAUAUAAUGACAUUGGUAUUUCCAGACAAAACAAAAUUGUAUGAGCC